UAAUAUAUUCUGUAAAUAAACUGACUAUACAUUUCAGGGAAAAAAAGUAUAAACCUCACACUGAAAAAUUAUCAGAAAUCUACAUUUUUCAUUGGAUACAUCGGAUAUAAAUUUGCAUAAAAUGUUAUUAGGUAUAAAGAAAAAAAGUCUGACUUGUAAUUUCCACUCAGAAGUUGGGAAUUAUGCUUUUUUUUUACCAGUUGGAAGUUUGGAAUUACUUCGAAAGGUGGAAAUGACGGUUUUCCCAGUCAGAUGGGGAGGUGUUUUACAGUUUUUCCUAGUCGGAACUUGAGAAUAACAGUUUUUCCCUGUUGGAAGGUGAGAAUUACAAUUUUAUUCAGUGUGCAUGUGGGAGUUAUGGCUUCUUCCCAGUCAGAAGGUGGGAAUUAUGGUUUGUUCCCGGUCGGAAGGUGGGAAUUAUGGUUUGUUCCCGGAGAGAAUGUGGAAAUUCUGGUUUGUUCCCGGUCGGAAUGUGGGAAUUAUGGUUUGUUCCCAUGGGAUUAUAGUUUCUUCCUAGUCGGAAGUUGUAAACGACUUUUUUCCCAGAAUGUAGGUACAAAUGGCAUUUUUCCUACUUGGAAGGUGGGAAUGAUGUUUUUCUUUGUCGUUUCUAUGUUGUGUUUUUUUUUUUUUUGUCAGGUUUUCCCAGGAAACACAGACGCCGAUGGUGUGGUCCAUCACAAACUGCCGCACGCCAUCCGGACACGUUACCUGCUUUUCCUGCCGCAGGACUGGAGCGCCGAGGGAUGGAUUGGCCUGCGAGUGGAAGCGUAUGGCUGCUCCUACAAGUCGGACUUGGCUGAUUUCGACGGCAGGAGCGCUCUGCUGUACCGCUUCAAUCAGAAGUCCAUGAGCACGGUGAAGGACGUGAUCUCUCUGCAGUUUAAGAGCGUGAGAUCGGACGGCGUGCUGGUCCACGGCGAGGGUCAGAGAGGAGAUUACAUCACGCUGGAGCUUCAGCGCGGCCGUCUGGCCUUACACAUCAACCUGGACGAUGCUAAAGCUCAUCCCAGUAGUGCUCACGUCUCCAUCUCUCUGGGAAGUCUCCUGGACGACCAGCGCUGGCACUCAGUCCUGAUCGAGCGCUUCAACAAGCAGAUCAACUUCACCGUGGACCGCAUGACGCGCCACCUUCGCUCCGGAGGAAUAGGGGACUCGCUGGAGGUCGACUACGAACUCAGCAUCGGCGGCGUUCCUCUGCCCGGAAAACCGGGAACGUUCCUGCGCAAGAACUUCCACGGUUGUAUGGAGAACCUCUACUACAACGGGGUGAACAUCAUCGACCUGGCCAAGCGCAAGAAACCACAGAUCUACAGUGUGGGUAACGUGACCUUUUCCUGCUCAGAGCCUCCGGCGGUCUCAGCCACGUUCCUGAGCUCCAGCAGCAGUUUCCUGCAGGCUCCGGCGGAUUUAUCGGCGAUGACGGAGACGGACAGCGGCGAGACUUCGGGGUGGAGCGCGGGUUUCCAGUUCCGUACGUGGAACAGAGACGCCAUGCUGAUGUGGAUCGGCCUGCAGGGCGUGGAGAAACUCGUGCUGCUACUGAGCGACGCACAGCUGAGGCUCACACACCACCGAUCGGCGCUACAGAGCUCCGAGAUCACCGUCGGCCGCAGUCUGAGCGACGGACUCUGGCACUCGGUCUCACUAACGCUGAAGGAAAACCAGGCUUCUGUCUCCGUGGACAAUGAUUCUCCGUCCAGCAUGAUGCUCGGACGUCACGCGCGACCCAGGAACACUGUGCUAAUCGGAGGAUGCCCAGCAUCAGCAACCAAUCAGGGCUGUCGGAACCCCACGCUGGCCUAUCAGGGCUGCAUGCGCUCCAUCGUCCUCAACAACCGUCCACUCGACUUGUACCGUGUGCAGCAAGGCCUUCUGGGUAACUACAGUGAGCUCCAAAUCGACAUCUGCGGCAUACAAGACAGGUGUUUGCUCAAUUACUGUGAGCAUGGUGGUGAAUGUUCUCAAUCUUGGAGCUCCUUCAGCUGUGACUGUUCUGGUACAGGAUACACGGGAGCGACCUGCCACAACUCCAUCUUUGAAAUGUCAUGUGAGGCACACAGAUUGGCAGGAAGCUCCUCCGGAUUUUUCUCCAUCGACCCGGACGGCAGCGGGCCGCUCACACACACUGUCGUGUACUGCAAUAUGAGUGAGGAGAAGGUGUGGAUGGUAAUUGGUCAUAACAACUCAAAACCGGUGAGUGUUCAGGGUUCGAGUUUCCAGAAGCCGCAUGUCAUGAAGCUGAACUACAGUGCAUCCCUGCAGCAGCUCACAACCCUGCUUCACAGAGCGCAACACUGCCAACAGGAAGUGGUGUAUCGCUGCAGGAAGUCCCGCCUCUUCAACACCUGGGAUGGCACUCCGUUAUCAUGGUGGAAGGACAGAGCAGGAGAGAAGCGGACGUACUGGGCCGGGUUACUGCCCGGGGUUCAGCAGUGUUCCUGCAGUUUGGCGGAAAACUGCAUCGAUAUGAACCACUUCUGCAACUGCGAUGCAGACCGGAGCUCUUGGGAGAACGAUACCGGACUGCUGUCCUAUAAGGAGCACCUUCCCGUCACCGAGAUGGUGGUGGGAGACACGAACCGAAGCGGCUCAGAAGCCGUUUACCGAGUCGGCUCACUGCAGUGCCACGGAGACAGGUUUCUGUGGAACGCCGUGUCCUUCUAUCAGGAGUCGUCGUCCCUGCACUACGCCACGCUGCACGCCGAGCUCAGCGUCGAUAUCUCCUUUUACUUCAAGACCACAGCGCCCUCUGGAGUCUUCCUGGAGAAUCUGGGAGUCCGAGACUUUAUCCGGGUGGAGCUGAGCGCGCCAUCGACGGUGGAGUUCUCGUUCGAUGUCGGAAGAGGGCCACUGGUCCUGACGGUGAAGUCUCACGUCCCUCUGAACGAUAAGCAGUGGCACCACGUCCGAGCCGAACGGAACGUGAAGGAGGCGUCGCUGCAGGUGGACCAGCUCCCCCUGCGCUUCCUGGAAGCGCCGCACGAUGGCCACGCCCGCCUACAGCUCAACGGACAGCUGUUUAUUGGAGGAACCGCCUCCAGGCAGAAGGGAUUUCUGGGAUGCAUCAGAGCGUUAACUAUAAACGGGAUGAGCCUUGACCUGGAGGAACGCGCCAAAAUGACCCCGGGGGUGAGCGCGGGGUGUCCGGGUCACUGCAGCAGCCAGAACCGACUGUGCCACAACCGAGGGCGGUGUAUCGAGAGGAACAGCGGAUACGUGUGCGACUGCACACACUCGGCGUACGGCGGACCGCGCUGUCAGACCGAAGUCUCUGUGUCGUUCGAGAGCGGCACGUCGGUGACCUACACGUUCCAGGAGCCGUUCUCGGUGACGCGCAACACCAGCGUUCAGUCGUCGGCCAUCUACGCUCAGAGCAGCAAGUCUCGGGAGAACAUCGCCUUCCGCUUCCUCACGACCAAAUCGCCCGCCAUGUUGAUGACGGUCACCACGUACCAGCAACAGUACAUGGCCAUCAUCCUGGCUCGUAACGGGAGUUUACAGAUUUGGUAUAAACUGAAGCGGGAGAUGGAGCCGGACGUGUUCACGGCCACCGAGUACAACCUCGCUAACGGACAACUGCACCGAGUCCAACUGCACAGAGAGGGCGGGGACAUGUACGUCCAGGUGGAUAAGGAUGCGAGUCAGAAGUACGGCCUCUCCACAGACCAAGAGUUAAACCUCAUCCGCUCUCUGACGCUCGGCAAAGUCACCAGUCGAGCGGGCGUGGAUGAGGAGGUGCUCCAGGCAGGAGCAAAAGGUUUCAUUGGCUGCCUCUCAUCGGUCCAGUUCAAUCACCUCGCUCCUUUAAAAGCGGCCAUUUUGAAUCGAGGAAGCUCACUAGUCAGCGUGCUUGGGAAUCUGGUGGAGUCCAACUGUGGAGAGCUGGCUGAUAGAUCCCACUCACACUCACUGUCAGACCACACAGAUGGAGAGAAGCGAGGGAAGGAGCGUCUGAAGAACUCUGAGCCGAGCGACUCGGCCGUGAUCGGAGGUUUGAUAGCAGCCUUGCUGCUGGUCGUGCUAUGCAUCAUGGCAGUGAUGAUGCGUUUCCUGUUGCGUUUUCGGCGCGAGCGUUCCCGCCAGCCCAAAGAGAAGGACCUGCGGGCUCAGUCGGAGCUCAGGGACAGCAGGAAGGAGUAUUUCAUUUGACCCCUAAAUGACCCCUCGGCUGAGUAACCCUAAAUCACCCACGCCAUUAGGGAGGACGGCAGGAGAGCCGCUAGUGCCCUUGAUCUUUGUUCCCUUCCUCCAUAAGCUCAAGCUUGUUUCUGCCCUCUAUAAGCUCGACCAUGGGAAACAGGACACGGCCGAGCAAUGGAGAACGAAGCCACCUUUUCAAGGGAGAAAAUAAUACUUUAUACGACCUUUGACCUCAUCAACCCCUUGCUGAGUUUAGGGAGGAGACCAGAGACUAUCAGGACACAGAUAGUGCCCUUGAUGCUCGUUCUCUUCCUCCCUCCCUUCCAUUUCCAGCCAGGGCUGAUCGGCCGGAAUGACACACAGCCAGCCAUGGCCACGGAGAACGAAGCUGCUGUCUCAAGGAAGACAGGAGUACUUUACAUGACCUUUGACCUUUUAAGCUUAUAAAUGGAACAGGGAUUGGGACACAGCCGAGGUGAUGCAGUGGAGGUAAACGUGAUGUGAAGGAGUACUUCAUAUGACCUCUGACCCCAGUUAGGAGACCAGUCAAUCGCUCAGUGGGAAACACACACACACACACACACACACACACACACACACACAAAUGGCACAUUCACUAAAUGCAGAGUGAAGAGCGGAAGUG